CUUCCGCGCUCGGUGGCCCGGGGGGUGGCCGGCGCGGCUGCUCUCGCGAUUUCUGGCCGCCCGGUUGCGCAGCGCGCGGUGUCUCUAUGGAGUUGGCGGCCUCUGGCGCGAUGGCGGAUUUCGAUGCGAUCUACGAGGAGGAAGAGGAGGACGAGGAGCGGGCUGUGGAGGAGCAGCUGCUGAAGUAUGCGCCCGACCCAGUGGUGGUCCGGGGCUCGGGACACGUCACUGUGUUUGGUUUGAGCAACAAAUUUGAAUUUGAAUUUCCUUCGCCGUUAACAGGAAAGGUUGCACCAGAGGAAUUCAAAGCCAGCAUUGGUCGCAUUAAUGGCUGUUUAAAGAAGAAUCUUCCCGUCAAUGUGCGAUGGCUACUAUGUGGCUGCUUGUGCUGUUGUUGUACUUUGGGCUGCAGCAUGUGGCCAGUUAUCUGUCUCAGCAAAAGAACACGAAGAUCGAUCGAGAAGUUAUUAGAAUGGGAAAACAAUAGGUUAUACCACAAGCUGUGCUUGCACUGGAGACUGAGCAAAAGGAAAUGUGAAACCAAUAACAUGAUGGAAUAUGUCAUCUUAAUAGAGUUUUUACCGAAGACACCAAUAUUUCGACCAGAUUAGAAUAAGAUAUUCUUUUCAGAGACUUGUCUUAGUGUGUUGUCCUUCCAAUGGUGCCUUGCCUGGUACUUCCUAGUGAAGAUUGUGUAAAUCUGACACUUGUAAUGCUCGUUAUCCAGUUUUUCACUCCAUCUGUUCACUAGUCCAUCCACACAUUUUUGCUAAUUUCUUUUUGGUAACAGUUGCAUUCCAGGCUUGUGACCUGUCUUAUCUUCUGAUUCAUUGUAACCAACCUCUCUGAAAAUCUUUCAAAUUAUUAUUUUGCUUUUUUAAUGAUUCUUGACACACAUUUCCUUUUGUGUACACAACCACUUUACAACAUUCACUAAAAUUAUGAAUGAAAAGGUUAACAAAUUGAUUGUAAUAAGCAUGCCUGUGAAUCAUCCCAGAGAUUUUCCAUAAUGGAUUGAAAUUAUUAGAAUAAACACUUUUUUGUGCUAAAUUCUGUAGCCGAUACAUGUGGAACAGUUUUGUAAUGUUGUCCCACUAUUUCAUUUUAAUGUACUUUUUUUCCGCCCAUGAAAUUUGAACUUGAGACCUACUAUGCACGUAUUCAGGAAUACAAAUUCUACUGUGAUGCUGAAGUCAAAAAUAUGAAGAAAUCUGAGUGAAGAAACCAUAUCAACUGGCUCUGGCUACUUCCUAAAAAUUUAACACAAUACAAAUGGAAAAGAAUACAUUGAAUUAAUAACGUAACAAAAAUAAAUGAAGGCUUUUGCAUGUAUUGUAAGGUCACUAGGAGCCAGGACCAUGGAAAAUGCAACAGGAUUGCAGACAUAAAAUGAACAUUUUGUUCAUUAAUUGUCAUGUAUGAAGGUUUUUAUGACUUCUGUUACUGUGUUUACUUUGUCCUGAACAAUUUAGGUUUACAUGUAGAUGUUUUGAUUUUUCCUGUAUAUAGUUAGAAUGUAGACUGUACAUUCAACAGAUUCUUGGGUCAGGCCAAAUAUAGUUUUUAUUCUGCACUGGAUAGUGGAUCAUGUAAUUAUACUUGGAGAGGUGCUUUCAGUUUCAGUACUUCACUGCAUAUUGGCAGAAAUUAUGGUGCAGAUUUUUUUUAGCUUUUUUAAUUGUUAGCUUUGCUUUGACUUUUAGAAAGUCAACUUAUUUCUUUAAAAUGGGUCCUUUGGUUUUGAAGGACCAGUUCAUAUUAAAUAUAAUUGGAACACGAGGAACAAUAUUUAAUAAAUUUCCACAUCCUACUUAGUAUCACUUGUUGCCAUUGAAAAAUUGUACACAGUUGACUGUUUCUUGUAUUUGUACCCAGCAUCCACCAAUGAAAUUCAGUUUGUAAUAUAUAAAGGUUAUAUAAAAUUUCUUGAUGUGCGAGAUUAUCCAAUGCAUUCUAUAACUUCUGAAUUGCAAACCAAAACUUUUUUGCCUUUUAUUGUAUUAUUCUAGUCAGUGUGCAUGUACACAAAUCUGAUAUCCAGAUCAAAGGCACAAGUUGUGAGGUGAGAUCAGCAACUUGCUUCACGUUCCUGUUAAUGUUGAAUAAGAGAAGUCCCUAUUCUGCUUUGAAAAAGGAGGAAAGAUAUUUUUGGUUUAAUCUGUCUAAAGGUUACAGUAACCUUAUAGACUAAAAUCAAUGCUGACACAACUUUGAUACAGAAACAUUCUCUGUGGUUAUAAGGCACAUAUUUAAUAUCUCCCAAGAAACUCUACUGUAUAGUCAGUGGAUUAAUGGCAUAGCCAUUCUAUAAUCAGUAACAUCUCUACUGAAGUUUAGUUUGCCUGCAGCUAUUUGCUGCCUAAUUUUCAUUCAGAUAAUGUGUAUACAGCUUGUCGUGCAUUCACUGUUUAUGUUGCAUUUGUUUCUAGUUGUACUCACUUACUUCAAGUUCUCUUGAAUAAUGUUGCUGCAUGUGACUCUCCUCGGGAUAACAUAUACAGAGAAAGUAUUUCUGCAAAUGGUUAAAUAAGAACCAGUUAUUUCUGAAAUAAAAGACUGAUCAAAAAAAAUAAUUAACACUGCUAUGUUAAUGCUGCUUUAUCAUUAAUUUGAAUGUAAAUUUCUUGUGAUUUCAUCAAAGUUGUGGAAAUCUGGUAAUGAACAUUUGCAAUGCUUGGAAGUUGAAUACUGCUUUGCAGUUUGUUUUUGCAGCUUGUAGGUAGCUACCUCACUCGAUAAAUGUUGUAACUGUGUGAAAGAAAUCAGUGAAGAUGCCUUGCAUUUCCUGUCUAAAUCCUGUUGCAGUCACUGGUUGGUGAUGUGAAUGGGAAAAAUCUGGACUGAUCUGUCACCUUCAUUGAAAGGAAUUCAACAUCAAUGAAAGAUGACAUGUGGAAUAAGAUAGUGUUAUUAAUGUUUUCCCUUUCAUUUUUUGUCUCGUGUUAACUUCAAACAACUUAACAGAUUCAUUAUUCCAAAAUUAGUUUAAUCUCAGAGUUAUUGUAAACAUGUCUGGUUUGUUUGUUAAGUAUGAGACAAUUAUUUUUCCCAUUCAAAGUCCAAUGCUAAGUUAAGAAUGAUUUGUUUCAUUUAAGCCUAGGAAAUGGUGGCUCUUUUGUUACAGAUCAAAACUAUUUAAUCAUCAUUUACUGUCUAGGCUUUGUAUAACUAGGAAACUUUGGAUUAUCUUAAUUUACUGUAUUUUUGGAAUCAUUCAUAUAUAACUGUUUCUUGGUUUACUAAGAAACCAGACCCAAGACUGGGAUUUUUUAAAUAUAAAUAUUCACAUCUAUUAAAAUGUCAUGCUUUGUAUCAUAACACAUUGUCAGAGUUAUAUGGCACUGGAAACAGGCCCUUCAGCUCACUGAAUUCACACAACCAUCAAACACCCUCGACACUAAUGCACUAAUCCCACUUUAUUUACCUUGCAUUCCCAUCAAACCCCUUUUGCUACACCUCCACUCUUCCCCAUCCCUUCCAGAUUCUACCAUUCUCCUAUGAACUUUGGACAAUUUACAGUGGGCUGAGGGAGGCAGUUGGAACACCCAUAAGAAACCCAAGCUGGCAGACAGAUGUGCAAGUUCCAAACAGACAGCAUUGGUGCUCAAAAUUAAAUCAUGGAUGCUAGGGCUAGUAAGUGGCAACUCCUCUAGCUGUGCCAUGGUGCCAGUUUUUUAGGUGGCUCUUAAAAGAGCUGUUGGGGCUUUGGUCUGUUUGUCAGCAUUUUGUGGAGCUUUACUUGAAGCUGGUGUGUAUAGUCACAGCCUUUGUCCCUUCUGACAAGGCACACUGCAGUCUGGAUUCCCUGGGAGCUGUAGACAACUGCUUAGUGUAAAGGACCAGGGAGGAAGCCUUGCCUGAGGUGCAUCCAAAUGUUCGCAAAUGAAUUCUUGAUACAUAUGGCUCUUCAUGUAUUGAAACUACUUGCUUCAAGGCAAUGCAAUCUAUUCUUGCUUCAGACCUUGCGUAAUCAAAUGUCAUUUUGUAGUUUUUACAUUUGUUUUCAGUUGUAAGUGCAAAAUUAGUACAUAUCAUCAGUUUCUCAACAAUCUGGGGACAGAAGGAAGAUUUCUCCCUCUUCUUCUUCCUCCCACCCCAUCAUGCCAGUAGCUUAAUGUAUAAAUUGGUGUGUAAUCCCUUGCUGAAAAUCAGUUAUACGUUAAACAUUUUUGAUUUUAAACUUUAUUAUAGGACUGGGAAUGGAAUGAAGCUGAGAGGGACUGAAGGUAGUGAACUCCACUCGGCAGCAAAAACAUUACACCUUGGGAAGCUUGAAAAAAAGUCUUGAGCCCAAAUCUUUUGAAGCAAAAAAAAAUGGCCUUGUCUCUCUUUUGAACUCUUGCAGAAAUCUGUGGUCCUUGCAUGAGCCAGAAAUCUAUUCCAAGGACUAGUCAUUGCAAAAAGGUUCAUCUGCUGACAUGUACAUGAUGUUAUGUACAUCUGCCCAAGCACAAUCUAUCCAUAUGAACAGUUUCAUUUUUUAUUAUUAUUUGAAAGCUAUUGACUAAAUCUCCCUCGAGACUAUAUUUUCUAGAUUAACAAACCCAGCUCUGUAAACUGAUUAUGGGAAAAUCUUUUUGAAACUGGCAGCUACCCAGUGGCUGCAUAUGAACUAAUUCCACAGAUGCUAGAGGGGCCCAUACUUCUAAUGGGACUAAAAUAGGACACCGUAUUCUAGAUGAGGUACAACCAAAAUUUUAGAAUAGUAGGAAGAACAGGUCCUUCAGCCCACAAUGUCUCUGCAGACUCCGAUGCUAAUUUAAACUAAUCCCAUCUGCAUGCACAUUUGUCUUGUAUCCCUCAAUUUCCUGCCUGUUUGUGUGCCUGCCUAAAAGCCUUUUAAAUGUUGCUAUCAUAUCUGCUUCCACUGCCUCGUAAAUCUCCUUUAAAUUUUCCGCCUCUCGCCUUAAAUCUAUGCCCUCUAGUAUCUGACAUUUCCAAGACAAAAGACUAGCUACCCUAUCUAUUCCUCUCAUAAUUUUAUAUACUGAUCAGGUCACCCAUUAUCUUCUCGUGCACCAGAGAAAGCAAUUGAAGUUUGUCCAACCCCUCCUUAUUGCUAAUAAUGUCUAAUCCAAGCAACAUCCUGGUAAACUGGAAACUCUCUGCAGUUUCUUGCGGUCACGGGCAGAGCAGUUGCCGUACCAAGCCAUAGUGCAUCUGCAUAGGAUACAUUCUAUGGUACAUCGAUUAAAAAUUGAAGAGGGUCGAUGGGGACAUGCCAAAUUCCUUUAGCCUCCUGAGGAAGUAGAGGUGUUGGUGAGCUUUCUUGGACCAGGACAGGCUAUUGGUGAUGCUUACUCCUUGGAACUUGAAGUUCUCAAACCUCGACCUCACUACCGUUGAUGUAAACAGGAGCACAUGUACCACCCUCCUUCCUGAAGUUAAUGAUCAGCUCUUUUGAUGACAUUGAGGGAAAGGUUGUUGUCAUGACACCAUGUUACUAAGAUCUCUAUCUCCUUCCUGUACUCCAACUCAUUAUUUGAGAUAUGGCCCACUAUGGUGGUAUCAUCUGCAAACUUUGGAUGGAGUUAGAGCAGAAUCUGGCCACACAGUCGUGAGUGUAUGGGGAGUGGAGUACAGUAGGGGGCUGAGGACGCAGCCUUGUGGGGCACCAGUGUUGAGAAUUAUCAUGGCAUAUCCUUACUGAUUGUGGUCUGUUGGUCAGUAGUCAAGGAUCCACUUGCAGAGGGUGGUGUUGGCUUGCAGGUCUUGGAGUUUGGUGAUGAGUUUGUUUGGAAUUAUAGUAUUGAGGGCGGAGCUGUAGUCAAAGAACAACAGUCUAACGUAGGUGUCUUUAUUGUCCAGAUGCUCCAGAGAUGUGCAUAGGGCCAGAUGACUGCUGUGGUGAUAUUGAAUGCCCAUUUUACCUUUUCAAAAAAAAACUGAACACAGGCACUGAAAAUUGGAUACCAAUCUUGGAAACCCCUUUUGUGCACUGAAUUUGUUCAUUUUGAGUUAGAGUUCUUAAUAGGUGUCCAGCAGCUCUGUUAUUGUUUUUACAUGUAUUACAUCAAUGCACUCUGUAUUGACUCAAUGUAACUGCACUGUGUAAUGAAUUGACCUGUACGAUCGGUUUGUAAGACAAGCUUUUCACUGUACCUCGGUACAGGUGACAAUAAUAAACCAAUACCAUGCAAGCA